AUGCCUCGUGGUGCAAGGAUAUUCUGGAGGAGAGAUAGCUUGUCAGGUGAUGAAGUUUCUGAAGUGAUCAAUGAUGGUCUUAUGUCACGUGAUAUGUCGAGGUGGGAAGUUGGUCAGGGCAAGCAACAAGAUUCUCUCCGCUUGGAAAUUAUGUCGUUGGAUAAGUCCUAUGAAGGUAAAUACACCUGUGAAUGUCAGUAUACUGGAUCUGUGGAGUCAGCAAGAGUUCACAGGAUUUUACGCGUUUUUGCGAAGCCGAACAUAGUUCGACAUAUGUCAUCCUAUGAUACAGAUGCUGACGCUGGCGAUUCAGUUGAACUGCAAUGUAAUGCUGAUGGAAUCCCACCGCCAUUCAUAUACUGGAGACGUACAGCUGGUGCAAGCAGUAUAAUACGUAAUUUUGGCUCUGUCAAAAGUGGUAAUGUUAUUAAAUUUGACCAAGUAGAAGCUGAUGAUGCAGGAGAGUAUAUGUGUUAUGCUGAGAAUUCAAUGGGUAAGGCUACUUGGCGUGUACGAUUGCAAGUGAGACAUGCACCAAUAGUCCGAAUAUUCCCAUUUGUACCAUCACAGAAAUCUGGUUGUAAUUUACGACUGAUAUGUCUGAUUGAUGCUAAUCCACCGGUCUCACAACACGCUUGUCGAUGGUCAUCGAAUCGAACGGGGACUGUCACGUCAUCAUCUGUUGGCACCAAGUUAACCUACUUAAAUGCUGGAUUAAUACGUCAUUCAAUCAUGGAUUUGGAGCCUGUUAGUAAAUUGAAUUUCGGCGAUCUUUACACGUGUACUGCAUCGAAUACACUAGGGACAACAAGUGCUACUACAGUAAUUACAGAAUCUCCAACUGAAGUACUACUCAUCAACGGUAGGAAUGCUUGUAAUCAAGCCGUCAAUUGGAGAAGGAGAAUAAAUUUCCGUCUACUGUUCAGUGUUCAAUGCUUCCAUUUAUUUAUUAUUAUUAUUACUACUACAAGUAUGCUAUAA